AUGCCUCCGAACAUAGUUGACGUUCCUUUUCAACAAGAUCCUGAGAAAGUUUAUAAUGAAGCCGAGCUUGGAAAACCAGCUGCUUCUCAGCCUGCAGUAGCAGGAUCUCAGGAUAACUAUAUUUUAAUCAUUAUUCAGUCCACUUUGAAUCUACUGGCACACGUCUGUAUAGGGGCCACAGCAGGAGUUAACUUACUGUUCGCGCUUCGUAAUGGUCUUCCGCUUGGUGCAACUCCGCUACAUGUUCUUCUGUGUGUUCUGGGGUAUCAGCUAUUGAUGGCCGAAGCGAUUCUCAGUCUGAGCCCCCAUAAUGGCUGGUCGUCAAGGCUCAAAUUUGUAGACAAGAGACGAGCUCACUGGAUCUUGCAGCUCCUCGGGUCUGGACUGGCUUUGGCCGGUUGCUUCAUCAAGAUCCUCGACAAGAAUAUCCAUUGGGAUACUUUGCAUGGACAGUUUGCACUAGUGUCCAUGGUUUUUACAACAGUGUCACUAGUAAACGGCCUCACUUCGCUCUACGCUUACGAGCUCAGCAAGUUCCGCUUGUCACCCAACCUCUCCAAGCUCACCCACAUCAUCUUCGGCAUCGUGGGUUUCGCCGCUGCUUCUAUCUCCCUCUGCUACGGUUAUGACAAAGCCCAGUUCAGGAGCUGGGCAUCUGACAACUUCACCACGGCGAUGAUCAGUUUUGCUGGAGCUUUAACCUUUAUUAUCAUCAUCAACCCGUUCAUUACCUUCUUUAAUAAAAGUCGAGGAUUAUUUAAAAAUAAUUAA